AUGCCGCGCUCCUUCCUCGUGGAUUCUCUGGUGCUGCGGGAGGCGGGCGAGAAGAAGGGGCCCGCCAGCAGUGCCCCCGGCCCGCUGUUCCCCUACGCCGUCCACCCCCCGCCCCCUGGCCUCCACGGGCUGUCGCCGGGCGCCUGCCACUCGCGCAAGGCCGGGCUGCUGUGCGUCUGCCCGCUCUGUGUCACCGCGUCGCAGCUGCACGGCCCCCCGGGGCCGCCCGCCCUGCCGCUCCUCAAGGCCUCCUUCCCCCCCUUCGCCUCGCAGUUCUGCCACUCGCCCCUGAGCCGCCAGCACUCGUCCGUCGCCUCCGGGGUGGGCCACGGGCCCGCCGCCGCCCUCUACCAGACCGCCUACCCCCUGCCGGACCCCCGGCAGUUCCACUGCCUCUCCGUGGAUGACACCUCCAGCCAGCUGCCCAGCAGCAAGAGGAUGCGGACGGCCUUCACGAGCACGCAGCUGCUGGAGCUGGAGCGCGAAUUUUCGUCCAAUAUGUACCUGUCCCGUCUGCGCCGCAUCGAAAUCGCCACCUACCUCAACCUGUCCGAGAAGCAGGUGAAGAUCUGGUUCCAGAACCGCCGGGUGAAGCACAAGAAAGAGGGAAAGGGCGGGGGCAGCCACCGCGCAGGGCCGGGCGGAGGGACCCCCCACGCCUGCAAGUGCUCUACCCUGGCUCCCGCCAAGUGCUCCGAGGACGACGACCUGCCCAUGUCGCCCUCUUCGUCGGGGAAGGACGAGAGGGAGCUCACCCCAUACGCGCAGUCCCCGCGCUGUAGCAGGAACCGGCCCUCCCUGCACCCCCUCAACUGUGAAAAUGUUCCCUUUCUGGGGUCUAGGGGAGAGGGAGGGGUCGUCUGGCCCGGCCAGAGGCUAGAGGGGGGCGGGGGGACCGGGGAAAAGGACUUUGGGGGUCCCUCGCGGCCUAGCAGUCUUUGCCCGGGCCCUGGUUUGGGGAGCGAGCGCUAUAUCGAGGCCCGCGGUCCGGUCCUGCGAGAGGGCUCGGACACCUCGGGAUCUCCAGCCCCGGGCCGGACCGUGGGAAAGUGGGAGCACAGACGAGGGGUGUCCCCUCAGGUGUCCACAGCCCUGGGCCCACCAGAGCCUUAA